GCUGAUUUGCAAAAUCAUCUAUUAAAAUUAAUAAAACUGAAACAUUUCACGAAGGAAUUGGCGCUAAGCAGGCGAAUAUGUAAACAAUGCUAGAGAGAUCAAUAAUGCACGUAUUUCGUUGUAUAUAACAUCUUCUGGAAUAUGUGUAAAAAGAACAAAUGCAAUUCGUGGGUGACAAUGCACGGAUAGAACAACAGACAAUCUAUAAUAAAUGCAGCCGUGUCAAAAACUUGUGAUCAUUCUUAUUUGGAAGGAAAGGCUUGUUGCAUACGCUCUGCAUAUAAUUUAUGACCUGGGAAUUACGUGAAACACCUUUGCCGUUCAUACGUACAUAUGUAUAUAUGUAUAAGAACGUAGAAUUCUGAUUUUGAUUGUCAUGCCAAAUAAAAUAAAAAAUAACAUUCCCACGAGUCAGAAUCGAAGAAGCCAAAUUCAUACGUAAACAGUAAAAUGUCCGAAAUUAAAACAGAACCCAAAACCACAGACGGGCCCUCAACAUCUGGGACACAGCAGCAACAGCGGCAUCAGCAGCAGCAACAGCAUCAGCAGCGACAACAACCAGAAAAAGCGGCUGGGAUCAAGCGACGUCAUCCGCUGGAGAACACAGAGCCGCCUCUUAAUGUCGAAAAUGCCACACCGGAAGCUGUGCCGCUGUAUAUGAGCCAACUGCUGGACCAAUGCGCCGGCGCAGAUCGCAAAAUCCCGCCCGCCGAACUGCUGACGCUGCUCGUCUACUUGGUGGCCAUGGAGAGCGGCUUUGUGGAGGUUGAGACCUACAGCCAGAAUCGACACAAGCUUCAGCCGGUGCCCGCCUUCAGCAGUUUUCAUGCCGGCAAUGUGCGGCUUCUAAGCCUCGAGCCGCCCCACUAUUCGAUUGGAUUCAAUGACACCGUCUUCACCUUCAAUUUGCGCACGCUGCAUGACAAGCAUGAAGCGGAGGAGGCCGUCCUGAUUGCAGUCAUGCAGUCCCGCCUUAGGGCCGUGCAUCUCGGCGAUGAGCUGAUGGUUAGCCUCAGUCCCCCGGUGUCCUCAAAGCUGCCGGGCUAUAGCAUAGCUCUAACCAUCGGACGCUAUGUCCUCAACAUUCAGGCGAAGGGAAAACCGAUAUUCAAUCGCUUUCGUAAGCUGGACAAUCUGUCCUAUGAGCUGAAGCAGAACAUCUUCCAUCCGAUGCGCACCCAGCAGCUCAUGCAGAUCAGUCAGCAGCUGCAGCCCUCUCUCGUGGGCUUGCCCGAGGAUAUCUACCCUCACAUAUUUCGGUAUCUCAAUCGCGCACAAUUGAAUACGUUGGGCAAGGUUAAUAGUAGUCUGAAUGACUAUGUUAAAAAUACUUUAAGUCGUCGUAAAAUGGCUGGAAUUUAGUGAUUAGGGAUCUUUCGUGUAUAUCCGUGAAGGUAAUUUUUUUGGGUUUAUAUUGAAAUUAAAAAAAUAAAUGUUAUGUGGAAAGAAUUCUGGGGUUAUGUAGGAACCAUAACAAUGUGUAACGAAUAUAUAUUUAUUUUUGUUUAUA